AUGAAUUCAGGUUUUACUAUGGUCAAAUUCAGAGAUGAGACUACUCGUGACUUGGUUCUAGAAUUAGGGGUGGUUCAUUUUGACAAGAUGCCAGUUAUCUUACGGCCAUGGACAACUGAUAUCGAUUCUUUGAAAUCGAUUAAAUCGGUACCAGUUUGGAUUAGACUUCCAGAUCUAGGUUUACAGUAUUGGGGAACCAAUUGUUUGAGUGCACUGGUUAGCACAAUUGGGAAACCAAUAAUGAUAGAUAAGAUUACCAAAGACAGGUCGAUGAUAAAGUUUGCUCGGAUUCUAGUGGACAUGGAGAUAUCAGAAUCACUACCUAAAUACAUUAGCUAUAUCAAUGAGAGAGGUCAAGUAGUGGACCAAUUGAUUGACUAUGAGUGGCUGCCUACGAAGUGUUCUCAGUGUAAAAAGCUAGGGCAUACAGCUUCUUCUUGCAAAUUUGUGGAAGGAGUUGUUUGGAGAAAGAAGGAGGUCAUGACAGCACCUGUAGAUGGCUGUUCUGAUCAUAAAAAGACUGAUAGUCUUUCGAAACCUGUCCAGACACCUUCAGUUCAGACUCAAUCAAAGGAGGCAGAUGAAUCCCACCCUGUGAAACUUCCAAAGGAUCAAGGAUGGGCCUACCCGAAAAAACUAGGAACUCAGAAAUUGAAAACCCCAUCAACUUCCCAGAAAACAAGUAAUCCUUUCAGUGUUCUCCAAGAACAGAAGCAGGUUCUCACUGACCCUUCCUUGUUAUUGAAUUUGAAUGGAAAGUUUCAACAUAUUGAGCUGGAAUGCCAGUCUUUUUGUCUCACAGUAGUUUAUGGCUCUAACCAGCUGGAGGCUAGGAGAGUUCUUUGGUCUGAACUAUCUGCUUUAACUUUCCCUGUUAAGCCUUGGUUAAUAGUUGGAGAUUUCAACGCUGUCUUUGACUCAGCAGACAGAAUGGGUGGUAAGGCCAUAUCACUAAAAGAGCUAGAGGAUGCUAGACAAUGGCUUGAUCUCGAUAUAGUGGAAGAAAUGAAGAUUAUGGGUUCUUUUUAUACUUGGUCGAACAAUCAAGAUGGGAACAAUCGUAUUUUUUCCAAGUUAGACAUAGUGUUUUUUAAUGAGGAUUGGCUUGACUCUUUUCCUAAUGUCAGUGCCAUAGUGAAUUGGGAGGUAGUUUCAGAUCAUUGUGCUAUAGUUUUGAAGCAUAUUCCAGUCCAGAAAGAGGGAAUGCGUCCAUUUCGGAAGCUUCAUCGGCUUAAGUUUGAGUUGAAGAGGUUUAAUUGGAGGGUUAUAGGAGACAUUGUCAAGAAGUAUGAGGAAAGCAAGAAUGCUUACCAGCAAGCUAAAAUCAGUCUUUUUUCUGAUCUGACUAAUCAGACCUUGAGUGUAGCUGAGAGGUCCUCUUAUCUGGAAUUUAAGAAACAAGAGGCAGCUUAUGCUAGUUUUCUUUACCAGAAGAGUAAGAUAGAUUGGAUCCGCUUCGGUGAUGAAAACUCAGCCAUGUUUUAUGCUAGUAUGAAGAAAAGGAAAGCCAAUAACAGAAUUGUUUCUUUUGUUUCCGAAAAUGGCAGAGUAGAAGAUGAUUACCCAAAGGUGAUUAAUCAUUUUAUUCAUCACUUUCAGUCUUUCUUGGGUUGUUCUAGUGCAGCUACUGGACAUAUUGAAUCUUCAAUCUUGAACUUAGGUCCGCUUCUGAGUCUGGACGACCAAACUGAUCUGAUUAAGCCUUUCUCUUCUCAAGAUGUCAAACACAGCCAUGUUCAAUUGACAUCUAUUCUUCCUAAGUUGGUCAAUCAAAAUCAAGGGGCUUUUGUUAAGAAUAGAUCUCUUGCCCAUAAUGUCCUUAUUCUUCAAGAUCUUCUUAAGGGUUAUAAUCGCAAACGAAGUUCUCCUCGUUGCUUAAUGAAGAUAGAUAUCAGCAAAGCCUAUGAUUCCAUUGAUUGGGAUAUUUUAGAGAACUUGCUGAAUGCAUUCAAGUUUCCUGUCAUCUUUGAACCUUCGACCGACAACAACAAAGAGACUGAACGCGAGAAGCAACAGAAGGAAUUGGACUCCUGGGUUGAAAAUGAUCUCCUCUGUAAGAAUUUUAUUCUUAACGGUUUAUCUGAUGAUCUUUAUGACUAUUAUAAUUCAAACAAGUCAGCAAAGGAAAUUUGGGAGGCGCUGCAAAAGAAAUAUGAUACAGAAGAGGCGGGGACUAAAAAAUACGCUGUCAGUCGCUACCUGAAGUAUCAAAUGGUGGACGAUAAAUCUGUGGAGGCCCAAUCUCACGAAAUUCAGAAAAUCGCACAUGAGAUUAUCUCAGAAGGUAUGACCCUUGAUGAACAGUUUCAAGUUGUUGUUUUAAUUGAAAAAUUACCUCCUUCCUGA